GAAGGGCGGUGGAAUUCCGUCGUUGCUUUCAGCGCAUUUUACGCAUAAAAAAAACCCACUUUACGCACGUGAACCCAGCCACUGAAGAAACCUCCAUUUGUAUAAGUGAACUUCUAAAAGUACUUCAAAUGGCAGCGAGUGUAGGAUUGUCCAUGAUGAAUCCGCCGCACACCACAGAGGAGCGGGCCGUCUUCACGCAGCUGAAGCCGGUGAGGAUGUCGGGAGCGGACGGCGCUGAGGACGCGUCCGUGUUCGAGGACGUCAAACCCGGGAUUCGACUGGAGUUGGACAAAUACCUGCCACAGGUCCACGUUCCUCUCAUGAACCCCUCGACUCUCUGCGUUGACAAAAAGUACAGACGAGACAGCGCCUCCGUGGUGGAUGAGUUCUUCUCAGAGGAAAAACCUGCCCCCUACAGCCUCAACAUCAACGUCAUCCUCCCCAGCACCACCCACCUCCGCACAGGCCUCUACAGGCCCAACACCAAGACCCACCUCACGCCCCAGCAGAUCAAGAUCGAACCGGGCCUGGAGGUUCCCUGCUCCAUCUCCACCAGCAGCACCCAGGCCCUGCCAGACUUCACCUCCGUCUUCAGCGUGCCGCCUGUGGUCAACAACGUUUUCAUCAAACCCGACAUGAGCUCUGGAGGCGUCAGUGUGUCCGUGGGAUGUCAGCAGCAGUCGAGUUUGGACACAGAGCUUCACAUCGGCCCCCCGGCCCCCCAGUCGCAGGUUUACCACAUGCCCAUCACCAGCUGCGCCGACCUCACGCUGUCACACACGUCCCCGUCGUCGCACGGCUCCGCAGGCAGCAGGACGAUGAUGAGCCUCGGAGGCGUCGGGCUGCCGACAUCCAACGGCCACUACAUGAUGCAGGAACAUCAACUCCAGCAGCACGGCUACUACCACGUCAAUCCCAACGCAUCCCAGCACACAGCGCCCCACAGCCUGCCGCCCUCACCCCCGAACUCCCAGCCCGGGAGCCCCGAUGGUCAUGCGGAGCUGCUCAGCUUAGCGUCUCCACCGCCGUACCAGCAGCGUCUCGGGGGGAUGAAGGUGACAGGGAUGUCCCCUCAUGCUCUGCUGAUGACACAUGGCCAGGGCGUCCUGACGGGCCCCAAAUACAACAGGCGGAACAACCCCGAGCUGGAGAAGAGGAGGAUCCACUUCUGUGACUACCCAGGCUGCAGCAAAGUUUACACAAAGAGUUCUCAUCUGAAGGCACAUCAGAGGACACACACAGGCGAGAAGCCGUACCGCUGCACAUGGGAAAACUGCGACUGGCGCUUCGCCCGAUCGGACGAGCUCACCCGACACUACCGGAAACACACCGGGGCCAAACCCUUCAAGUGCAUCGCCUGCAGCCGCUGCUUCUCCCGCUCCGACCACCUGGCCCUGCACAUGAAGCGUCACCAGAACUAGCACGGACGUCAAACCUGUACAUACAAAACACAAACAGUGCGGCAUCCGGACGUGACCGCCACUCGAACGUCACGGCGUUAAUAUGAACAGAUCACAAAAUCAUCCCCGUGCGCCCGUGUUGGUCCUGGAGCUCGAUGCUAACAGGAGGUCGGGUGACUGCAGGUUUUUUCGAGCUGAAUCCAAGGUACGAAGUUACGAAGCCUUUAUCGUGACGACGCUCAGAAAGUGAUCGUGGAGUCGCAGAAUCAAAGUCCCUCCGAUUCACACGCUCGACCAAUCAUGAAGUUUCAUCCCAUUUUUAUAGCAUCAAACAAUUAAAACCAAACUUACUUAUCAGUGUGAUACAAACAACCUAAAAUCUUUGACAAAUAUUUAUUUAAUGUGUAGUUUGGCUUUUUAGUUUGUUACACGUCUCAUCUGCUAACAUAGAAGAUGCAGGGUAUAUGACCUGUACUGCAUCCAGCCACCAGAGGGCGAUCAAGGCGCUUUGGGGGAGCCGUUUCAUACAUCUUUAUAAAAAAGUUUUUAACCUGUACUUUGAGUUUUAAUUUGGUCCAUGUCACAUCCACUAACAUGGAGGAGGGAGAGUUUAUGAUAUAUAUUGCAGUCAGCCACCAGGGGGCGAUCAUGAGGAUUGGAUUCAAUCCGAAGUCCGGGUAUUUUCGGAACUUCUCCAAACUUCUCCAGGUUUUAAGUUUUCCUCUCUGAGAUAAAGCCGAUCACCUGCCGUCAGUCACCAUCAUGUAAAACCAGAGGAUCCACCAGGCGCUCGGGGGGGAUUCUGUACAACUCAAUACAAACACACACACACACACUCCAGCUCAUCACAUCCCAGACAAACCUUUAAACAACAACAAAAUGAACUUUUCCUACAACUCUACUGCCAACGUCACCCCCGACACCAUCUUUAAUCAUUUUGAGGUACGAACUUUCAAGGAGAGGUGGAAACACUUCUGUAAAUAUUUGUUAAUACGUGUGCAUGUGUGUGUGUGUGUGUGUGUGUCUGAGAAUACGACGAAUGUAUUGAGAUUUAUACUUGACAUCUUUCUUCUUCCUUUUUUUUUUUUUUUUUACCCUGACUGUUAAUAUGAGUAACGUUGAAACGUCCCCGCGAUCUCACGUCAAUAAAACAGUAAACAAACAAUCAAACAGAGAACUCUCCAUGGAAAAGUUAAUGAUCGCCUUGUUCUGCCUGUUUCAGCACAAGUCAAACCUGUCGAGCUCGGAGCUCGCAGCAAUCUGCCAAUGUUUGUAUCCAUGACUUCACCCGUUGCCCCGGCGACCGAUCUGCUUUGAUGACGGUUUGUUUCUAUUCAGCGGCGUCUUUAUCCUUCUCCUGUAUUUGUUCAGCACGUCAACUCGAGAAAAGAGCGAUGGGCGGAUAUAGGUUUUACGUAAUCGUCCCUUAUUGUUCUGAUGGCGUCAGUCCUGUUAACUGCAUAAAUGGCAGGUUGCAGUUCGCUUUGUUGCAUCGCGUUAAUUCUAAGUUGCGGCGUCUUUCAUUGUUUCAGGGUUUUUAAAAAAUACUUUUCACCCACAGCGGAAUGCCCGAGCAUUUUUGUGCAGCGGCCGUGUUUGCCAAGAACAAAGAUUUACAAGACGGAGACAAAAGACGUUUCAUAGAGCAAAUGAAGGGUUUGAGCCUGUGAACUGGAACAAAUGGUCGUUAUCUGGGAAACGUGACAAGAGGAAUGGAUUUUAAACGGAAUCCACUUGACACCUUUUCCCUUUUGGAGAAAAUGACACCACAAGAAUGCGGUGAUACUCCUGUUCUGCCGGUGGCUGUUCAUCCUUUAAUUGUCUUGUACUGUUCAGCACAGUCAGGCUAUUUGAAAACGCUUCCAGGGUAAAAAAGAAGAAAAAAUUACAUUAUUUACUCCUCCGGCUCGUUUGCUGUCAGAAUAAUUCACAUUUUUCUUAACUUGAAGUCCCAAAAAGUUAAAACGUUUCUUUAACAAUGACAGGAGGAUGACGUCUGAACAUUUAAAACCGUUGUAAGAACGUAUUUUAAGUCAGUUUUUAGCUCAUUUUAUUGGAUCAACCCACUUUCUACUUCGAAGCGUUGAUUGACCCAUGUCCGUCCAAUGUGUGUUAAUUUAGGAGAAAACAAAUCUUGUUAUUUCAACUCUAUUAUCGUUUAUUCUUUCUUCCAAAGGAAACAAGUUCUUCUGCCUUCCUCCAGGAGGCAGCACUGACCACCCACUGUGUACAUAACUGUAGUUUAACAGAAAACUUUGUAAAUAUUUGUUUGGUUUUAUUUCCUAUUAUAAUAUUAAUAUUUUUUCUUUUCUUUUUUUUUUAUCUAAUGGGACUUUAGAUCGGUUUUUAUGUGAAUGUUUGUUUAAUUUUGUUUGGUUUUGAUACAUCGCGUGUAAGAGAAUUUAUCAGUUUAUGUAAAAUUAAUAAGAACAACAAGAAUGGUUUAUUUUUAUUCCUGUUUGUGUAAAAUGCUGCAAUGAGAUAAUAAAAAGAUUCA